AUGACAUCGAAAAUUCCCCAACCACCUGGUGUUCCCUUAGUAGGGAACGUCCUGGAUGUUAAUCCCAACGAAACCUGGGGGUCUCUGAUCAAGCUCUCAGAGAAAUACGGUCCAAUCUUCAAGAUAACCGUCCUGGGUAAACAACUUUACUUCAUCAGCAAUGUUGCACUACUAGAUGAGAUAUGCGACGAGAAGCGAUUCCGAAAAUGCGUUACUGGCCCAGUUGUGGAGAUGCGACAGCUCGCCAACAACUGCCUUUUCACUGCCUACGACAACGAAAGUAUAUGGGGCGUGAGCCACCGCAUCAUGGCUCCUUACGUUACUGGAGCAGCAGCGGACAGAUGCUACAGCGACAUGGCCAACGUGAUUCCGGACCUUACCAAGAAAUGGGCCUCGGGUUCCCACAAGACGGUACUAUUUACCAGUGAUCUCGAUCGUUUGUUGAUGACAUCAGUUAUGCAAUGCUUCUUCAACCAGCGAAUCGAUAUCCUCGAAGGACCUGAGCAUCCUCUCAUCCACGCCUGGGAGUCUAUCACAUGGGAAGCAAUGAAGCGACCUACCCGACCAAUGAUCGUAAAUUGGCUGUUGUAUGAGCGAGGCUUUAAGGAUAAUAUCAAGUACAUGCGCGAUUAUGCAGCUGAGAUCAUCAAGAGCCGGAAGGAGAAUCCCACACAGGUUCGCGAUGACCUUCUGAACGGCUUGCUUCAUAAUUCCGAUCCGCAAACCGGUGAAAAGCUUACUGAUACCCAAGUCAUCGAUGAGGUAGUGACCAUGUUCAUCGGUGCCGCCACCUCGGCUAAUCUUGUCGCUUUCGCUUUAUACUAUUUGAUCAAGAACCCCGAGAAGAUCACCAAGGCGAGAGCAGAGAUUGACUCAAUUGUCGGUCCAGAUGAGCAGAUUCAGCUUGAAGAUUUCAAAAAGCUACAAUACUGUGAGGCUAUCAUUAGAGAAUCCCUUCGUCUUUCUGCCACAGCACCGGGCUUCAACAUUGAACCCAUCCCCAGGGCCACAGAUGAUAAAAGUCCAAUUCUGCUCGCUGGGGGCAAGUACCAAAUUCCAUACAACCAAGCCAUGAUCGCCAUUUUGCACACCGUGAACCGAGAUCCCGAGGUCUUCGAAGACCCAGAGAAAUUCAGCCCAGAGCGGGUCCUUGGCGAAAAAUGGAACAACCUUCCUAAGGGAGCUAAGAGAAAUUUUGGGAAUGGUAAACGUGAAUGCUACGGGAAGAUGUGGGCGUGGCGUUGGUCCAUUUUUACUCUUGCUAGCAUUCUCAAGGAUGUUGACUUUGGAUUCGAGGAUUCGAGUUACCAACUGACUUCCAAUGGGGCUUUCAGUGUCAAGCCAUUAAAGUUCAAUGGUCUUGUGAGUCCUCGUCAGAGGUUCAGCUUAUAA